AUGUUCGAGCUGUUUGUUGGCGAGCUGCCGAUUGACAGACCCUUCGGCGUAGUGUCGACAAUGGGGAACGAGAAGGAUGAGCAGGUUACCGAUAGGUACUUUCUGGUCAACUACCUAGACUUCAUCAUCGGCUACAACGAGAAGGAGGUGGUCUCCGCGAAUGUGACACGGGAGCUGAAUCUAGAGCACCUCGUGGACAUCACGGAGUGGAAGGAGGGUAUGGUGAUCCAAUUCUCCUACUCGGUGCAGUGGACGCCAUUGCCACACAUCAGUCCCUCCCAAGCGCUGGAACUGCAGCUGAAGUCCACGAUGCCGCAUGGGCACCAGAACAUGGACAUUCACUGGCUGGCGAUCAUCAACUCUUUCGUGUUGAUGUUGCUCAUCUUGUCGCUAUUCCUCCUCAUCAUCAUCCGUGUGGUGCGGUCAGUGAGGGACCUAUCGCGAUAUCUACAGAUUCCAGAUGAAGAGCUCAACGCAGUGGAGGAAGAGACAGGCUGGAAACUGCUCCACGCAGAUGUCUUUCGAGCUCCGAAGCACAGGCUCUUCUUUUGCUCCGCGAUAGGUGCUGGCGCACAAAUGACGAGCAUGAUGAUCAUGGUCGUGCUGGUCGGCUGCAUCGGGGCCUACUACCAGCGCGGAGCGGUAGCCAGCGCGGCUGUGAUCUCUUACAUGGUCACUGCUCUUCUAGGAGGAUUCGUCAGCGCCAACCUGUAUCAGAAGUUGGGUGGCGAGAAAUGGGCCUGGAACAUCUUCAUGACUGCUCUUUGCUUCAUGGGUCCGGCCUUUUUGAUUUGGUCAUUUCUGAACACGGUUGCCAUCUUUUAUGGCUCCACUGCUGCCUUCCCGUUUCCGACCAUAUUGCUGAUGUUCGCAAUGUGGGCAUGCGUUACGUUCCCACUGACGGUGCUUGGUGGGAUCAUUGGAAGGCAUCGCUCGCUCAAGCAGGCUCAGGCAGAGGGAAGUCCAUUUCCCUGCAAGACGAACAAGCUAGCGCGGGAGAUUCCAUCGUGCCGCUGGUAUCAAAAUCCUGUCACGCAGUUCUUUGCGUCGGGCUUCCUGCCCUUCAGUGCCAUCUAUAUUGAGCUGCACUACAUCUUCAACUCUGUGUGGGGCCCGAGGAUAUACUUCCUGUAUGGCAUCCUACUCCUGGCUUUCACGAUGCUCCUGCUAGUGGCCGGGACAGUGACGGUGCUCUUCACUUACUUCCACCUCAACGCAGAGGACCACCGCUGGUGGUGGAGAUCAUUCGGUUCUGGCGUGGCUGUUUCUGCCUUCUUUUACCUGUACUGCAUUUACUUCUUCCUGCAGACAGGAAUGAAUGGCUUCCUUCAGUGUUCCUUCUUCUUCUUGUAUUCAUUGCUGGCAGCCCAUGGCAUUGCUUUGAUGCUGGGUUGCGUCUCCUUCUACUGUUCCUACUUCUUCGUCAUCUACAUCUAUUCUCGGAUCAAGGCUGAAUGA